GAUCAAGAGUUCUUCCCGCCUGCAUACCGCCAUGCUGACUUCAUUGUUGAAAACUCCCGUUUCUUUCUUUGAUGUGAAUCCAGCUGGUCGUAUCUUAAAUCGCUUUGCUAAGGACGUUGGGUGUAUGGAUGAAGUGUUGCCUUAUAUCCUUUCAGAGUCUGUUCAAUACGUUAUGUUCACCAUUAGUAUUUUGGUUUUGAUAUCUGUUGCUAACAUGUGGAUCAUUGGAGCAAGUGUGCCUUUCACAGUCCUUUCGCUGUAUGUUAGUAAACGCUAUAUAAUCACAGCACGUGAGAUCAAAAGAAUCGAAGCCAUCACGAGCAGCCCAGUCUGCUCACACGUGACAGAUACAAUUCAAGGCAUCACGACGGUUCGUGUGUACAAAAGAGAAGGAGUAUUCCUGGAUCGUUUUUACAGUUAUCAAGAUGCAAACAACAGAGCUUUGUUCUGCUAUACUGCUUCCCUCAAGUGGCUUGGUAUUCGCCUCGAUUCUCUAAGUUCAGUCCUAGUUACUGUUGUAACUUUAGCCGGCAUUUUUCUUUCUGGUGAUACAGCUUUAUCAGGCUUAUCAAUAAGCUACUGUCUGCAGCUCACCAACACAGUUCAGUGGAUGCUGCAGGCCAUCGGAGAAACGGAGAAUUACAUGACGUCCGUCGAACGAGUUUUGAGCUACACACAACUUCAACCGGAGCCAGGCUACGAUACAAUUAUCCCGCACGCUCCCAGAGAUUGGCCUGAAAAUGGUUGCGUCACUUUUCGAAACGUGUCUUUGAGCUAUUUCCCAGGGGGUCCUCCUGUCUUGAAAAAUAUCAGCUUUAGUGCCGUCGCCGGUGAGAAAAUAGGUAUUGUUGGACGGACUGGCGCUGGAAAGUCGUCGCUUAUCGCUUGCUUGUUGCGCAUGCCUGCAAACACCGAAGGAGAAAUCAUAAUCGAUGGCAUUUGUGUUGCUGAUCUCAACGUCCAGGAUGUUCGCACCGCGAUUGCAGUCAUUCCUCAGAGUCCUUUCCUCUUCAAUGACGUGCUUCGUCGAAGUCUUGAUCCAGCUGACAAAUUUACUGAUGAAGAGUUAUGGGACAUUUUGGACAAAGUUAAGCUGAAGUCGACUGUGGUUAAUAGAGAUGGACAACUUUACUGUCACGUGACAGAAAAUGGAGCUAAUUUCAGCGUUGGAGAGCGGCAGUUGAUCUGCUUCGCUCGCGCUCUUUUGUUCGGUAAAAAAGUUAUUGUAAUGGACGAGGCAACAUCCAGUGUGGAUACACAAACGGAUGAACUGAUACAAAGUAUCAUUCGUAAAGAAAUGAAUCACUGUACUGUUUUGACAAUUGCACAUCGUCUGAGUACUGUAUCUGAUUAUGACCGAAUAAUGGUGCUCAGCGAAGGGAAAAUUAUCGAAAUGGAUUCUCCUAAGGUUUUACUGAGCAAUGAGCUCAGUUAUUUUUACCAGCUAUAUCACAGUGUGAAGUCCUAAAGUUUUCUCUGAAGUACGAUCAUGCCAAGUAAGAUUU